AUGGAGUGUGGAAUGCCUACUGGCUUCUUUGCUGAUUCUGGCCAGCGGUCAGGAAAUACCACUAAGGUCAGCUAUGCCUCAUCCAGUCGCCUCCUGAGCAAUAAGAACCAGUUCAAGUCCUUCCUCCGCACGAUCCCCAAUGACGAGCAUCAGGCCACGGCGAUGGCGGACAUCAUCGAGUACUUCCGUUGGAACUGGGUGGGAACAAUUGCAGCCGACGAUGACUAUGGCCGGCCAGGGAUUGAAAAGUUUCGGGAGGAGGCGGAGGAGAGAGACAUCUGCAUUGAUUUCAGCGAGCUCAUCUCCCAGUACUCGGACGAAGAGGAGAUCCAGCAGGUUGUGGAGGUUAUCCAGAACUCCACGGCAAGGGUGAUCGUUGUUUUCUCCAGCGGCCCAGACCUGGAGCCCCUCAUCAAAGAGAUCGUCAGGCGAAACAUCACUGGCAAGAUCUGGCUGGCAAGCGAGGCCUGGGCCAGCUCUUCCCUGAUAGCCAUGCCGGAGUUCUUCCGCGUCAUUGGCAGCACCAUUGGGUUCGCGCUGAAGGCAGGACAGAUCCCGGGCUUUCGUGAGUUCCUGCAGAAGGUGCAUCCCAAGAAGUCCAACAACAACGGCUUUGCCAAGGAGUUUUGGGAGGAGACGUUUAACUGCUAUCUCCCCGAUGGGUCCAAAAAUUCUCCGGCUUCAACUUCUUUCCACAAGGGCCAUGAAGAUGGACUGGGAGCUGGAAACGGAACGGCUGCCUUCCGACCUCCGUGCACGGGGGAUGAGAACAUCACCAGCGUGGAGACACCGUACAUGGACUACACGCACUUGCGGAUAUCCUAUAACGUGUAUCUGGCAGUAUAUUCCAUCGCCCACGCCUUGCAGGAUAUAUACACCUGUACUCCUGGGAAAGGACUCUUCACGAACGGAUCCUGCGCCGACAUUAAGAAGGUUGAGGCAUGGCAG